AUGCCAGAUCCUAAAUGCUCGUACAAGUUCACCUUCGAACCUGGUUGGUUUGUUGACUACCCAGUGGUUUCCCACUCAUGUUCUGGUUCGAAGCUCACCACUCAGCCAAACCUUGGUUUGCUCAGUGAUCGAGAAUGGGCGGGACUUACUGAACACAUCGAGCAGUUAAAUCACCAGGAGGGCUCGAAUAUCUCGCAUAAGAUCUUGCUGGUUGCGCGACAUGGUCACGGUGUUCAUAAUGAUGUGAUGGGGGAGGUCGGAUCAGAAGAAUGGAAGAACCACUGGUCGAAACUACCUGGGGAUGCAAACAGAAUUUGGCUUGACGCCGAGCUCGUUGAAAAGGGAAUCCAACAAGCUAAAGACCUCGGGAAGCUGUAUACUGAGGGCAUUCGGCAAGCGGACUUUCCCAUACCCGAUACUAUCUAUACCAGCCCGCUUGCUCGAGGUCUGAAGACCACGAGCCUGAUUUUCAGGGAUAUCAUCAUGGAACAAGGGACUGAGUUCAGGCCUAUAGUGAAAGAGUAUCUUCGAGAACGACUUACCAAUCAUACAUGCGAUAAGCGGAGGACCAGACAGUGGAUUCAAGCCGCUUAUCCGGGCUAUGAGUUGGAAUCAGGCUUCGCGGAAGAAGAUAUAUUAUGGCAUGCUGAUCGAUCAGAGUCGAAUGAAGCACAUGUUGCCCGUACACAAGAACUCCUUGAGGAUGUAUGGAGACAUGACUCGGGAUCCUGUAUUGCUCUGACCACUCACUCAUUCACCAUAUCAACUAUCCUAGAGGUCAUUGGAGCGCCUGAGUUUCGGAUGGGCGAAGGCGCUAUGGUGGCAAUCUUGGUCAAGGGUGAAAAAAUCAAUGCACAAUGA